AUGAGAAAACCUAAUGGCCGCAAAAAAAUUGAAAUUGCGAAGAUUCAAAAUCAAACCAACUUACAAGUAACAUUCUCAAAAAGACGUACCGGCCUAUUUAAAAAGGCAAGUGAGCUCUCGACUUUGUGUGGUGCUACUGUUGCUAUUGUAGCUUUUUCUCCUAGCAACAAAGUAUACGCAUGUGGACACCCUUCCGUCGAGUCAAUUGUGGAUAAAUUUAUCGGAGAGAAUCCUCCACCUGAAACUGAUGAUCCUAACCCCGUCAUUGUAGCUCAUCAAAAUGUCAAUAUUGAUGAGCUCAAUAAAAAGCUGAACAAGUUGGAGAGAUCACUCGAAAGAGAAAUAAAACAUGGGCAAGCACUUCAAGCAUUGAGGACAGAACCUUCAAAUGAAAAACUUAGUUUUUUUGACCUUAAGAUCUUGUGCGAGUCCUUGGACGCUGCGGAUAAAAAAGUUGAAAAACUAGCAAGCCAACUUAUGGAGUGUGGUAUUGAAUUCCCAUAUAAAACCAUUGGAAGUGCGCUCGCUCCUUUAAGAGCUAGGGAAAGCACUUCGUCCGUUUCCAGCGAAGGGUCAUCUGGAUCCGGAUUGAGAAAGUUACAACUUGAAAUAGACAAAGUACUGGAUUAUAAUCCAAAUCCAAAACAUGAUGAAAGCGUUUUGAGUGCUGACACAAUUCCCAAGGGAGCUCCAUUUACGAGCAUGCAAGAGUUUUCAUUAGGAAUAGACUUUGGAAAACUGUGUCAAAUUACUUGUGUUCCACUGUUGAUUGAGAGUUGCCCCAAUUCGAGUAUACUUCAGAUUUUGACCGAUUACCAUCUUGGACCUACAACUGAACUAGCUCAAGUAUGUGUGCCCGCAGCACGACAGAUGUCUGGUGCCCGCAGCAUAAUAGUCGUCUCACAAUGUGUGCUUGAGAGGCUCAUUGCAACGCGAUCAAAUAUCUUACUACUUGUAUGA